AGUUGCAUUUUAGCCAUCAUUCAGUUCUCAACACAGUUCGGUGGAUAAAGUCUUUUGGUGCUCAAUUUUAGUGAAAGAGAAAGGUUUAAAAAAAAAAUCAGCAAUUAAAGAAUUGCCUAUGACUCUAAACCACUGAACAGCAAAUUGGAGUAUUUGUUUUAUCUUAAUCUUUCAAGAUGUUGUGAAACACUGAAGAAACUAAAAACCGUUUCAAGUGAUUUUCUUUAGUUUUUGGAAGAUUAAGGGAUAUUAUGGAAGUAUCAGUUGCAAAGUGAUUUGGUUCAAUAAAUUCUUGCAAAAUAGCCAAUUCUAUCACUUUUCCAUUGUGCCUUAUCAUAACUUUCCCUCCAUGUGCUUGACCAUUGCAUAAGUGCAAUAAGAAUCUAAUGUUUGUCCAAUGAUGAUGAGGAGCGAUCUUGCAAAAUAAAACCUACCAAGUGCUUAGUGUAUAAUUAUGUUGGAACAUUUUGUGAUCACACCAAGAAAAUUACGAUGAAAAGUGAAUUUUGUGCACUGUGCUUUCUAUUGAUUCUACGUACGUCAGCCAUAGGAGCAACGCUCUUUGAUUUAUUGCACUUCAUAGAGACGAAGAAUAGCGACAAAUAUUUCAGUGACGACAAUGAGAGAAACUUUACACAAUAUGGAAACUAUCCAUUUGGAGUAUCGCGCAACAUUAAUCAAAUUGCAUAUGAUACAAAUUCACAAGAAUCCUCACCAUUUGUACCCCAUCAUACCUCUGAUUCACAAGUAUACCUUCAGGAUCCUUCCAAUUCUUUAGCAAUCUACAAUAAAUAUUAUGAUGCCAAUCAAUACAGCAGUAUUCAGAAUCAGUAUUAUAGUCCCAAGUUAAAUCCUUUCGAUGAAUUUCUGCGGAAAUUGCGAAAGAAUGCAGAAAAAAUUCGGGCAUUUGCCAAGAAGCCGGUAACACCAAAAUAUUUUGCUCAUAAAUCAACAACAACAGGUCUCGAUGUCAAUAUUCCAUUUGCAAAUGGAAUAUUAGACACUUUUAAGGAUCGUAUUAAGGCGGUGUAUCCAGGAACACUGUGGUGUGGAGGCGGUGACUUGGCAAAGGGGACAAAUGAUCUGGGUUUGUUCGCACUCACAGACAAUUGCUGCAAAAUGCAUGAUUUAUGUCCGCUCUACAUUCUACCUAGAAGUCAGAGGAAUGGCCUCAAAAAUGGUGGCCUCUUCACGAGAUCUCACUGUGACUGUGAUCGCGAGUUCUAUUACUGCCUCAAGCGAAUUAAUACCUUUAUUUCCAAUAAAAUUGGCUAUACUUACUUCAACAUUUUAGGACCACAGUGCUUCCGGGAAGAGUAUCCUGUGCUGACAUGUGCAAAACACCAUAGAAAUCGUUGUUAUUCAUACGUCGUGGACGAUGAAGACACCAAGACUUGGCAGUGGUUCGAUAAUAAAUUCUAUUGAAGAGUGCAUCACCUGUGAUUAUUCACACAUGUAAAUAAUAUAUCAAUCAAUGGGACACUACACAUAUUGAUUAAAUUUCUCAUAGGUGAAAAAAAAGAAUUAAAUAAAAAAGUAGGACAGGCUAUUCGCAAUAAGUUUUAGGUUUAGUGUAUAGAGUAGAGACUGUAUCGUCAAUUAUGGGUACAGAGAAUAUCAAACUUGAAAAUUACUGAAAAAGUAACGUUAAAAAACUAAUGCUUAGUACAAAGUGUAGUUUAAAUUGGUGCAAUUGAAUAAAAAUUAGCACAAUAAAUAACAAGAUAAAUUCUGUAAA